UUCAUGUUGGACAAUCUUCUUGUAGGUGGAAAAACAGGCCGAGGAAGUCAUCUUUGACCAGUUACAUACUACUGCAUUCCAAUACACUCCACUGGGUAGAACGAUUCUUGGACCUGCCCAGAACAUUGAGAAAAUGACAAGAGCUCAUAUUCAAGAUUACAUUUCAACCCACUAUGGUGCUCAUAGAAUGGUAGUUUCUGCUGCUGGAGCUGUGAAGCAUGAAGAUGUCGUUGAGCAAGUGAAGAAACAUUUUACAAAACUAUCAUCUAAUCCUAUUACCACUUCCCAAUUGGUGGCAGAUGAGCCAGCAAUAUUUACAGGUUCAGAGAUACGUAUCAUAGACGAUGAUCUGCCUCUUGCUCAAUUCGCUGUUGCAUUUAGUGGAGCAUCAUGGACAGACCCUGAUUCCAUAGCUCUGAUGGUCAUGCAACAAAUGCUGGGAUCAUGGAACAAAACUUCAGGAGGAGGAAAGCACAUGGGUUCUGAGCUUGUACAAAGGGUGGCCAUUAAUGAGCUAGCUGAGAGUGUGAUGGCUUUUAACACCAACUACAAGGAUACAGGUCUGUUUGGUGUCUACGCUGAAGCCAAGCCUGAUUGCUUGAGUGACUUAGCUUAUGUCAUGAUGAAUGCAAUAUGCAAGUUAAGUUACAGAGUGUCUGAAGCUGAUGUGGUUCGCGCACGUAAUCAGCUGAAAUCUUCUUUAAUGCUCCACAUUGAUGGAUCGGGCCCUACUGCUGAAGACAUUGGACGGCAGUUAAUAACGUAUGGCCGCAGAAUUCCAUAUGCUGAGUUAUUUGCCAGAAUUGACAGUGUCGAUGCCGGAACUAUCAAGCGAGUUGCAAAUCGUUUUAUUUUUGACAGGGACAUUGCAAUAUCAGCAAGGGGACCAAUUCAGGAUUUGCCUGAUUAUAACUGGUUCAGACGCAGGACAUACUGGCUGCGUUACUAGAUUGCUUAUUCUUUUGUGAUGGCUUAAAUUCAGUUUCUAUUCCAAGUUGGAAGCCUGUCAUUGGGCACUAUACCACACAUGGUCUACAAAACACUUUUGUCAAUAAGAUAAGUGACAAAUUUUGUUGAUCACUUUCCUGCUUUUGUACAUGGUGUUAAUGUCAAGGAGUAAACAUUACUUGUGGAAGCCUUUGACUGUCAAUUCAGUCAACAUGAAGUGGGAUCUCUUUGUCAUGCAAUAUAUAUGAGAAUUGCAUUGCCUAUUUUUCCUGUAUUAGAAUUCUUUGGUUAAAGUAUCCCGUUGGCGAUACUGGUGUGUUAUUUAUGAAUAUACGUCUCUCUCUCUCUCU